AUGUCUUCAGCCUCUACACAAUCAACGGGCCAAGCCCCGACCCCGACCCCCAAAAUCAUCACCAACGCAGCCUGGGCAGGCGUUGUCCUCUGCCCUCUAAUCAUGCUCAUGCCCCCCCGCCGAAUCGACUGGCGCACCUUCAUGCUCUGGACCGGCUUCUCCGCCUCAGGCAACCAGCUCAUCUACGACUACAGCGGCCAGUCCCUCUUCCAGCGCAUGCAGUCCCGUCUCGGCCGCAUGUUCCCCACGACGCUGCCCGAGCAGGCGCAGCGCACCAAGCAGCUCCUGCGCGAGGAGCGGAUGCGCCGUGAGGGCCUGACGGAGGAGCAGAUGCGCGCCAUCGAGUUCAAGAAGCGGAACCUUGCGCAGAGGCUGUGGUACGGCAGCGAGCCCGAGGACUGGGAGGCCAAGAGGGCCGCUGAGCACGCCAAGGCGCUUGCUGAGGGCAAGGGGUUGGGCGAUUUGAUUGCCGAGCAGGUUUCUGAGGUUUGGAGUGGCGCGAAGAAGGAGGAGGCAGAGGAGAGUCAGAAGAACGAUAGUGAGAAGAAGCAAUGA